GUACGUAUUUAGCCACGUCCAUUAUAGAGACCUUCUUAGCCUCACAGGGAAUCACACUCUUUCAUGGAUUGAUUUAUAUAACCAACAUCUUGUAGAUCAAUGAUGACCCUAAUGAUUUAAUUGGAUGAUAUUCAAGAAGUUGAAGGUAACGAUUCUGAUGAAGAAGACGACGACACGCCACAGGAAGCGUAUGAACUUCGAACUGGCUGGAUGUUACUGGCUGAAAUGAUGGCAAAUAGACAGACGCGUAGCUUAGAUGACUUUAGUGCGCGUGAUAUUGAUAGAAAUCACAACGAAAGUUUGCUACGAUACCGUGAAAGAGUAGAAUCCAUAGCACCUUUAAGAAUUAUUGCCAUGGGUACUGAUGAGAACAAUAUGGUAGUUGCUCCAACAGGUGUUGCGGCUUUUAACGUUGAAGGCAGCACUAUACAUUCGUCACUUUCUGUUCCAAUAUGCGGGUAAACAUUGAGAAUCUUUGAAGAAAACUAAAAUAUAUAGAAUAUUUAUAAUCGAUGAAAAGAGUAUGGUAGGAUGUCGUUUUCUUGCUAUAAUUGAUUUACGGCUGUGGCAAACAUUUCCGGAUCACUACAAUAUUCCCUUUGGUAGCCGAUCCAUAAUUCUUAUUGGUGACUUUGGACAGCUUCCUCCGGCAUGUGAUGUUCCCAUGUAUUCUCAGGACUCUCGAGAUCAUAUGGUCGUAGUACCUAUAGUCAGUGAUUGAAGGUCUACACGAUCCGAAUUCCAGAAAUAUUCCUGAAUCAGAGAGAAAAACUUCUUCAGAUGCCAUCAAUGU